AUUCCGUCCGGUCCUGUUUCUUCUUCGGCUGGCUUCUACUAGUUCAAAAUGGCGGCUCCCGUUAAUCGUGUGUUAAUAUACGGCGGUAAAGGUGCACUCGGAAGCUGUUGCGUUUCGUUUUUUAGAUCUAAAAAUUGGUGGGUAGGUUCUAUAGAUCUGGCAGCUAAUGAUGAAGCAAAUGAAAAUGUGGUUGUAAAACCUUCUAAUAAUUGGACAGACCAAGAAAAUGAAGUUGCAUCUGGAGUAGAAAAGAUGCUGAAUGGAGAAAAAGUUGAUGCAGUGAUAUGUGUUGCUGGUGGUUGGAAGGGAGGAAAUGCUGCUUCAAAAGAUCUUGUGGGUUCUUCAGAUCUGAUGUGGAAACAGAGUGUUUGGACAUCAGUCAUUUCUGCACAAUUGGCUGCCAAAUAUUUGAAAAAUGGUGGAUUGUUAACUUUAACUGGAGCAAAAGCUGCUUUGGAAGGAACACCAGGAAUGAUAGGCUAUGGUUUAGCCAAAGCAGCCGUUCACCAGCUGGUGGACAGUCUGGCCUCAUCUAAAAGUGGUCUUCCUCCAAACUCGCACUCACUAGCAAUACUUCCAAUCACAUUAGACACUCCCAUGAACAGAGAAUGUAUGCCAGAUGCCGAUCAUUCUAAAUGGACUCCUCUUCCUUUUGUUGCAGAGCUUUUGUUCAACUGGGCCACUGGAAAAGAGCGUCCCACAAACGGAAGCCUGGUGCAGCUAGUGACUAACGAUAGCAACACCGAUUUGAUAAUCGCUUAAAUAAAGUUCCAAUAUUUGUCAGAUUGUGACGGGUAUUGGCAACCUGAACCAUAAGUAAUCUCUGGCGAAUCUUAAGUUAAUAAUGUCGAACAAAAUAAAUUGUUUAUAUUCUCAAAGCAAGCAUAUCACAAAUUUUUAACUUUUACAAAGGAAGUAUUUCUAUAAAUAUGUCUGUAACAAAGACAUUUGUUUGAAUAAAGAUCUGUUAAAUUGGCACUGCAUUUUAAAAAAUUUCAAAGUAUUAAACUAGACAUUCAACCAUUAAAAAAGGAUUUUCUCAUCCCCAUAAUCAGGUUGUCAAUUCCCAAAAAAUAAAAUUCCUAAGUGUAUGUAACUUUGUUAAGUGAUGAUAUUGUUGUUUAAGAUUAUAUAGAAUUAUUUUUGAGUGCCAAAAUGACAUUUUUUACAAAAGCUUUUUUUUUAAACUUGUAUGUGAACUUGUAUGUGUAACACAAUAUAAAUUGUUGCAUUCGUACAUAAAUGUACAAUAAUGUUGUAUUGAUUGGACCAAAUGAAAAAAAAAAUGAUAAAAUCAAAAUAUGCAUAAUGUUACAUUCCUAUGUAUAAUUUGUUGAAUAAAUAUAUUUUGAAGCAUAA